CCUUCCAGUGACCGGCCCCAUUCUGACAUUAAGAACAUAAUUUUCAGUAUAUAAAUGUAACUCCUUACAUAUUAUCCACACAUACAUUUAACAGUGAGGGCCAGAAUGACCCAGACCUUCAGCAGAGAUCUUACAUAGUACUUUUGGGUGGACUCGUAUGUAGGCACUAGAUCCAGGGGAUCCCUGUAACCCUUAUGCAUAUCCCUUCCCACUUGUCCCAAUCAUGUGUCUUCCCCACCAUAGGCUUCUUGUCUCAGGCCCAUCCUCUUCACCUGGUCAGUCCCAGUCCCAGUCCCUACUUGUCCGGCUUUUCAUCCCAAUCCCAAUCUCAUUGCUCAGUCCCAGUCAGUGUUCCUCUGACUUCUCAUAUGAGCUCAGUCUCCUCCCCCUUCCCCCCAACAUUCUGGCUCCCAGUCCCAUUCUCGUUGCCCAGCUAGUUGCAUCCCUAGUCUGUGCCCCCAGCUUUCAGUUACAGACAGACCCAGUGUCUUCCAUGUUUUCCUCUUCCUUCUCCCCCCUGCAGUCCCCGUCCUCCAGUCCCAGUUUCUGCCAUGACCCCCUCAGGUUCUUUGACCCAAUCUAUUCCCCUGCCCCACACAUAUCCCAUUGGUCUGGCUCUUGUUCCCUAUGUAUUUGAAUCAGGCAGCUUUCUUCUCCCCAUUGCCUGGGCCCAGCAGAGGGGUUAUUGAGAGCACAAGAGACAGGGGCUCCCUGCUCUCAGAUCAGGUGCCUGGCCCUGGACCUGGCACAACAGUCCAGAGCUGCAGCUGCAGAGAAAGUCCUGAUCAGCCCUGAGCUGGAGCAUGCUCACUGCAGGUGGAAUCUUCAGAGAAUUCAGCUGCUAAAAUCAAGAAGUCUACUGAGUCUGUGCGAGUCAGGAUUUUUCAGAGGGUUCUAAAUCGGCAAAAUUUGGGUGGAUUUACAAAAGACUCAUCCCUGCCACAAAGGCUGUCCCCUGCCAGACUUCCAGAUCCUGCUCUAAAGAGCUGACUAGAUUUUUAAGAAAUGGGCAAAACAAUGUAUCUUUUCCUCUAGCCUCAUUCUCAGAAGUGGCUGAACUGGUUGAAAUUUAAAAAAAAAAAAUCCUUAUCCUGAAGCGGACAUUUGGCAUGGAAAACUUCAGCCCAAAUGGUUAACGUGUGGCAAAGGUAAUGAAAAACAUACUGUUCAGAUAGCUUCUCAUCAGGAAGACAGUGAGCCAACACUACAGGACAUGGCUCUGCUUAUUGAACAAGUCACUGGGGUUCCAGUUCCUUUUCAAAAACUGAUAUGCAAAGGAAAGUCCCUGAAGGAAAUGGAACAGCCAUUAUCAGUACUCGGAGUUAAAAAUGGUUGUAAAGUCAUGCUGAUUGGGAAAAGGAAUAGUCCAGAGGAAGAGGCAGAAUUAAAGAAAUUAAAAGAUUUUGAGAAGUCAGUGGAACAAAUUGCUAACAAAUUGGAGGAAAUUAAUAAAGAGUUCACAGGCAUCCAAAAGGGCUUUCUAGCAAAAGAUCUUCAAGCUGAAGCUCUUAACCACCUGGAUAAGAGGAUAAAAGGAACUGCUGAGCAGUUCAUGAAGAUCCUGGAACAGAUAGAUGCCAUUAAUCUGCCAGAGAAUUUCAGUGAUUGCAAACUGAAAAAGAAGGGGUUGGUGAAAAAAGUUCAGGCUUUUCUUGCCCAGUGUGACACAGUUGAAGGAAGUAUUGGUCAAGAAAUGGAUAAGCUACAAUCGAAGAACUUGGCACUGGCAGAAUGAGGCAUCACUCUCAAUAAAUAGGAGAAAUAAUUGCUCUGUGAGCAAGAAGAAAAGUUUGCUCUUUGUUUUGGAGCACAUAUUCAGCUGCUUCUUCUUUUUUUUAAAGCCCAGUCUGUUUAGACUGGUACUUGUCAAUCAUUACUUGCUGGUUGUCACAUUUACCACUCACUCAGAGCUCUUCUUUUCAAAAGAAAACAAUCCUCCCUGAAGAAAUACAGAAAUGUCUUUGUGGGGGAUGGUUAUGCAUGUUUUAGUUAAUGAAAUACUAUAGCACAUUAUACAGUUCCGAGAGGUGGGCAACUUUGGACCAUUAUUUUCUUUUUACAAAGACACUGUUGUUAACUUGUUUGUUUUUCUCUACUCUCACAUUUUCCACUAUGUUAUCAAAAUUAUUUGCAGUUCAAAAGAUAAGUUUGGAAAACCAUACAAGUGACAUAGGUUGCAGCUGUAGGACUUUAGCUUGACUGAAAAAGCCAGGUUGAUACAAUAGUUGAGACAUCUAGCAUUUUAGUAGAACAUUUAGAGCAAUAAAUAGUAUCACACAUCUAUACCUAUUUAACACUUGUGUGUGUUCAUAAGUAUAGGAAAACUUGACUACAGUGGAAGUUGUAACUAUUUUAGCCUUAAACUGUCUGGGUAAAUGGAACUACUGUAAAAUGUAUGGUACUUAAUUUAACUAGUGUUUAAAUUUCAGUGAACACCUUGGCACUUUUUUUCGUUAUACAUAUUUCUGAUAUACUGUGUAUAUAGCAUGUAUUUGUUUUCUGUGGUAUACUCUCUCUUUGAGUAAUGGUGUGAAAUGGAACAGGAUAAUUCAUACUGCUUAUACAGGAAGUGGUCAAUCCAAUCAAGCUCUGAGAAUGGAGCUAUUUUAUCAGAGUAUUUUUUGACUAUGUGUUUCACUGAGUUACUGCAAUUUACAGAUAAAUUGCAAUUGAUCAUUUCUUUUCCCUUGAGAGUUAGCGGAUGAAUAUUUAUUAAUCUAUAAUGUGUAUUACAAAGUGAAAUUUCAAAACAGAUGUUAAAAAAUGUCCUGCCAUUGUUAGCAUCUCCAUAAUGAGAGCUGCCAUUUCACUGCUACUUCUGCUAGGAAAGAAUUCAUCAAUAAGCACUUGCUUUGGUGACAAGCCGGGAACCCUCAACUCACAUUAGACUCUGUGGAAGUUAAGGGUGUUCUGGAUCACUUGCCAACUAAGUGAAUGAGAAUCUUUGUGUUUUUAUAAGUGUUUUAAGGUAAGUUCUCUUUACCAGAAAAAAAUUGCAAAAUGUAAGUGUCGAUCAUAUUUCAAUAAAGUUAAAAAAUUCCUAAUAAAAUAAUGGACCUCAAAAUAGUGACAGUCCUCCCAACAUUUCUCCUGCAGUCAUAAUCAGAGGAGAACUUCCAGAGUGUCGCAAUCUGUUAUCUGGGCAGUAUAGUAGCUCUGUUUCUUUUUAAAAAUUGGUAGUUUUUGUUGUAAAGAAAGUUUUAAAAAAUUAGUUGUUCUGUUUUACCAAAUAUAACUAGAUGAAGUAACUAUAUUUUCAGGUAAAUUGCACUUUUCUGUUAAAUUGCAGUAUUCCUUUAAAGUUGUAAUAGUUUUCAGUAUUACACCCACUUGUCAGGGUCUGUAAAAGUCUGCAGUAGGCUGAAACUUGACAGACAAGCUCUUGGCUUAAAAUGAAUUUAUUUUGUUUCUCAUUACAAAUUUUUAGAAAGAGCUGUUUUUAAGAUAGGAAAUAAUUAUAUUUGUGGUUAUACGUGAUGUGAUGCCAGCUUUAAGUGCCUAGCACUAUGGUCAUGCUCUGUGUGCCUGGGACUGCAAUACUAUUGAGAGGAGCAGAUUUAUAUCCAUUUCAGUGAUGCCCCAGUUCAGUGCAGCAAAGCUGCUUCUGGGCCAGAUCCUGCUCCAUUUAAUCCAAUGGCAAAACUCCCACUGAAUUCAAUGGGUGCAGGAUCAGCCUCUUAUCAAGUGAGGAAUUAGUCCUCACCUGUUUUACAUGUAAACAUGUAUUACAUUUAGUAAACUUUCAGGAGCGUGUGUAGCAUAGAAGGGUUUCCCUCUUCCAUGUGAGCAGAGCUGGGCAGGUCAGGUUAGAUAUAACUGCUGCUCCUUAGUAGUUCUUUAUCCUGAGAAAAAACAGUGCAAUCUUUGUGGUAUUUAUGAGCGGUCAUCACGGUUGAUAUAGGCAAAGACUUUCAGUUAAUGUAAUAAAAGUGAAACCUAUUAAGAUUGCAUCUUAAAAUGUCAUUUCUGCUGGUAUAAUUCAAAAGAACAUGGGUGUUUGUUGUAUCUUUUUUGCCAAUAUAUUGUGCAUUGAAAAUUGAUUUUGAUAAUGAAAUCUAAAAACGAGUUAAUUCAUUUGGGAAAAUGAAUGACUUUUCAUGUAAAAAGUUUUCCCCAAGGAUUUUUAGUGUGGAUUGACUAAUAGUAGUUUCCAAAAUAGGAAAGAUUCAUAUCUGGUUUUUCCACAGUCAUGGCCUCAAUCUUUGGCAAAAAAAUCAUUUUCAAAAAGUGCAGUAGACUACUGCUGAGGAAGAGAGGGCAGAAAAUGGGAAUUUUUAAAAUCAAUGAAAAUUUGGAAAGCUAAAACAUGGAUUCAGAAAUCAAAUUUAAGCAGUACUGUUCUGUUAAUUAUAUGGGAUAAGCACACUUCCCAUUCAGUUAUUGAAUCCAUUUUUCCUUCCUAUCUUAAAAACAAAACACACCACUAUUUCACCCCCUGCCAUCUCAAUAAAAGACAAACAUGUUCUUUGCUUUUUCAUUAGCCUCAUUUUUCUCAACACCUCCCUCAAUUGCUGUAUUACAUUGUAACUAUUUGCACAUUUCAAGCUAACAUUCCUCUACUGUCUUUCAUAAAAGACAACUUGUAUUGUAAGUUGGAGUAAAACCACACCUUCACCCCCUAACUCCCUUCCUCAGGUCCCCUUUUGGCUGCAAUGUGGUGCAAACCAAAACUAACAUCUUUAGAGCUGCAAAAUCUCAGAAUUAUGGAACAUCUUGCUCCUUAAUGUUCGAGUAACUUAAAAUAUCAAACUUUUAGUGGUGUUCUCUAUGACCCAAGUUCUGCUGUUAGUCUCAGUGGUACAAAUGUGGAAUAAUUCCUUUUACUUCAUUAGAGUUACUCCCAAUUUGCAAUGGCCAUGUGAUAGUACAGAAUUUGGGUUGAUAUUUUUAUUUAACUUAUUGUGCUACAGUAAAUGAAAGGGGAAAAGGAAAAUAAAAUAUGGAAAAUACAAUCAAUUUCUAUGUUGCUUAUCUGAUCAUUUUGGUGUAUAGUACAGAAAUCCUGCUGAUUAAUCUACUCCCUAUUGACUCUGUACUUAAAUAUACAGCAGCACCAUUCUGUGGUAAGUUAUUGAGAAUUCACUGUAAUGAAGUUGUACUACUUGUAGA